AUGGAAAUCUGGCCGCUUAUUUUGUGCAUCCAUCUUCAAAUGCAGUCACUUUGCCUCGCGCUUUUCACAUCACCCUCAGCUUCUGCCAGUCCCGCGACUCGAAACUUCCCCUGCCGUUUUCGCCGCUCGGAUGUUACGCACUGCGCUAGUCAAUACCAUAUCGCUCGCAUCCCUGACGAGAUGCAAAGCUACGGGUUUGGCUUUGGCUCGGUGGAUGAUGCCGAAGCAAUGUGCAAGUAUGAGCAAUGA